AACUCGUCCUGAAUAACACUAGCUUGGAGAGCACCGUACUAUCAGACAGAAUCGAACACCCAGACGCACCAGAUUUUAUUGAAGAUUAAAAGAAACGACAUUCUCAACCUACACGCAAGCCUGAACUAUUAUUCUACUUGCUCCGUCAGCACCAUUGCCAAGAUGCCCGGAUGGAAAGGCCUCUUUAUUCCCGCCAUUCUACUGGUUCUAAUCUUCAUUGAUCCCGUUGCGCCAGAUGACACGGCCGUGCGAUCUGACCUCCUGACUUUGAUGACUACUAUCAUGGAGAACAUGAAAAAAGGGAAGGAUCUUGGUGCGAUCGAGAAGGACAUGUUUAUGAAGGACUUGAAGACGUCAGCACUGUUCGCUGACCUGGAUGUUGCCGCUCUCGAUAGGGUUCUUGUGACUGCAACGGACUUCAACACCGACGCGAUCUUACGGUGUGAAGAAGACGCCUUCAUCAUGGAGACCAAGGACGUGCACGAGUCUAUCUUUAUCCAGGCAGCUUUAAAGGCGCGGUACUCAGAUGUGCAGCACUGUGAUGGCUUCAGGAUGGGCGCUCACCUCGAAAACGUGCGUAAGCUGUUCCCGGCAGACUAUCACACCUGCUCGUUCGCCACUAUAAAUGUGACACGUCACAAGGACGCUGAGAAGGACGGUCCGUACUCUAUGGAGGUCUACGCCGACACCUUGAUUGGCCGUCUGAAUGCUGUUGGUAACAUGGACCUGAUUGGAACAAGUAUGAAGGAGGUGGCCAUUCCGCCUGAGAAGGAGACAUACAGCUGUGAGGUGACCAUGACGGCGAAGGCCUUCCGCUUGCUGAUGCAACAAAUCAACUGGCUGGGGAAGGAUUUCACCAUCUCCUGCACACUGCAAGAUAUGAACUUCACCGUGACAGACGAUGGAGGAACUCAUGCCUUUCUACUCAGGCACUCCCCCCGUAUGGAGAUUGAGGCCUCCCUGACCGGCAUAGUGCCACCUCGGGGCUUUGUGACCGAAAAGCUGUACAGUAGCACCCGGGUAGAGGUAGCCUCGGCCACGGUCACACUGCGACUCGCUCCCACUGGACCCUUGGGUAGUUUUGCACUACCAGCUGAAGAAGGAUGCCGAUGGUCUGCUGAAGAACCACAGUCACAUCACCUUCUACAUGGAGAGCACACAGUAGAGACAAGCCAGCUUUUAUCUUAGACUCAAAGCACAUCCAGUGCAAGCAAUAUGUAU